AUGGCGUCCGACCCCUUCCCCCUGGUGCUGCCCUCGGACUUCUUCGAGGAGACCAGCCGAGAGCGCCCGGCGGGCCGCCGCGCCGCUCGCCGUCGCACGAAGCGGGACUGGACGCGCCAGGCGACCGAGGACAUCUUCUCGAGCCUGAACGCGCUGGCCGCCGCUCGAGCGUCACACACCCUCCAGCCUGGACGGGUGCGCCAGACUUCGACGCUGACCCCUUCGCAGGAGUCCGCGCUUGGCCGAGUGAUUCGAUCGGUGGCUCGACAUGGUCCGCCUCCGCCCGACGCUCGGCCUCGAGAGGCCUUUCAGGAGCUUCUCAAGUCCAGCAACAUCUACUCCGAGGAGGGUCGGCUCACGGUUCGGCCCUUCGUUCAGGACAAGGUCUCCCUCUUGCAGGGCUCGGUGGAGCCUCGGGAGGCGCUCGACCUCGUCCCAGAUCACGUUCGACAAGUUUUGAUGGAGCCCGAGAGGUUCCUGGAGCGACACUCCGACGAACUCGCCGACGAGCCCCACAUCGAGCCGUACUGGGAUCCUCUUCUGAACCCGAGGGUCCGCGCCAACCACCCGCGCCUGCUCGCGCUGCUGAAGCGUCUUGCCGACAUGGGGAUCGCGGUGGCUACUCGUCGGAAGAAGGCCACGGUGGGGCUGUUCUUUGUCGAGAAGAAAGGGGAUCGCCUCCGCGUGAUCGUGGACGGCCGGCAGCCCAACCAGUACCAUCGGCUGCCCCCUCAGACCAGCAUGGCUUCAGUGGAGGCGCUCGCGUCGGUGCAGGUUGGGGCCGACUGGCGACAGCGCUGCUCGAUGAAGUCGGACGAGGCCGCUCUGUACGCGGCCACGGUCGACCUGAAGGACGGCUUCCACCAGUUCAAGAUCCCGCACCUGUCCGAGUGGUUCGUGUUCGACAUGCCGGGGGUCCAGGCGAAGGACCUAGGCGUGUACCAGGUCUACGACGGCGACGCGAAGGCCUUCGUGGACGUCGCCCCGGACGACUACGUGUGGCCGGCCUACGGCGGACUGGCGAUGGGCUGGUCCUGGGCGUUGUGGAUCUGCCACGAGACGCUGGCUCAGGUGAUGCGAUCCUCGGCAGGUCCUCGCGACGCUAUGGUGCUGGACAAGGCGCCAGCGGCCCAGCUGGAGCCGGGGAUGGUCGGGGAUCUACCCUACGUCGACAACGCCAACAUCAUCGGUAUCGAGCAGGACCUCGUGCAGGACCGACUCGAGCGCAUGACGACGGCUCUCGACCAGCUGGGUUUGAAGUGGCACGAGAGACAGGACGCGGGCAUCGAGGUCGAGAUCCUGGGCGUUAUCGUCGAUGGCGUGCAGGGCCUGGUUCGUCCCAAGCCGAAGCGCCUCUGGCGGCUGCACGGGGGCUUGACCUUUCUUCUGAGAUGGCGCAAGGCCGCGGGUUGGCAGAUUCGUGCUGUUCUGGGCCACCUGGUGUCCUUCUUCCAGCUGAUGAGACCAGGGCUCUCGAUCUUCCGGGUCUUGUACGACUUUGUCCAGCAGGACCUCGGCACGAUCCGCGAGCUGCCGACGGCCGCGCUGCACGAGCUGAAGGUCGCCAGGUCGCUGCUCUUCAUGGCGGUGGGGCGCUGGGGGUUGCCCCCUUGCCCCGUCGCCUUCAUGACGGACGCUUCCAUGAAGGGCUACGCACUCUUGGAGACCGAUGCGAGGCCCGGGGAGGUUCGCGAUCUCUGCCGCUUUCGGGAGCGAGCUCGCUUCAGCCGUCGGGAGAAGUUCGUGGAGCGCGAGCACGACGGCUUCAAGGGCUCCAUGGCGAUCGGCGACGCUGGCGAGGGCUGGUGGGACGGGCUACUCGAGCGGAGCCGUGCCCGCGGGCCCGUGCCGGAGCGCUGCCGAGUCGAGGUCGACUCGGGCUGGCGACCACCGCCGCUGCCCGACGACUUCGUCGACCCCGGGCGCUGGGAGCUGGUCGUCGCUGGGGCCUGGCGGGAUGCGAGCCGCAUCCACGACUACGAGGCGCGCUGCGGGCUGAUGGGCCUGGCUCGAGCUGCCAGUCAUCCGCCGUACCACGACACGGAGCUCCUCUCCGCAGGGGACAACAUGGGCUCGGUCUUGGCCUUCGAGAAGGGCCGCGCGGCCAGCAGGGAGCUCCUCGCACAGUGCCGGCGGGCGGCCGCGCUGCAGCUGGCCUCCGGCAUCGUGUGGCGGCAACGGCACGUCGAGGGGGUGCGGAACGCGGCGGACUACAUGAGUCGGGCGGCGGACCGCGGGCUGUUGCAGCCCGGCCAGGUCGGACAGAGGCCUCGACGGGGCCGGCGCUUCUUCCUGGAGAUCUUCUCGGGCAAGGGGUACCUGACGGGGGCCAUCUUGGAGGCUGGGCUGCGUGCAGGGGCUCCCAUGGACCUCGCGAAGGGCCCGCAGUUCGACAUCACGGACCCGAAGGUCCAGAAGGUUGUCAUCGGGUGGGUCCGCUCCGGCGCCAUUUGGCUCAUGCAUCUUGCGACCCCGUGCGCGCGGUGGUCGAUCGCACGUUCUUCGGGCACCGCAGAACCCGCGGGAGGACUGGCCGCGGCUCGCUUCACAGUUCGCCUGAUCCAGGAGUGCCGACGAUCCGGGGUCCACUUCACUCUCGAGAAUCCUCAGCGGUCGCGCCUCUGGACGUGGAGACCUCUGGCGAGGGCGCUUCGGGCGUCAGCUUCAACGUUGGUCGACCUGUGCCAGUGCCGCUUCGGGACGCCCUUUCAGAAGCCUACGAGGCUUGCGGCCUCCCACCCGCUGUUCGCCUCCCUGGCCCGCGAGUGCAGGUGCCGUCGGCAUUGCGAAGUUCUGCAGGGCAAGGUUUUGGUGAAGGGACGCUGGGAGUGGAAGACCAGUCUAGCUGCUGCCUAUCCGCCCAGCCUGUGCCGCGCCAAUGCCGGCGCCGCCCAGCUCCUGGCGCCCCCAGCGGCCGCAAGGCCAGACGGGGAGGCCUACCUCGAGCGCCGCUGGGAGCGACAGCUGGCGUCCGCGUGUGGCUGCCCCAGCGUCGCAGUCGACGCCCCGCACUGCCCGCUCAGGUACCGGCUGCCGUGGCACGGCUGCCAGAGACGCUGGGCAACCGCGGCACGCUACUCCGACUGCGUGGAGGGGCUCCACGACUUUGUCGCCUGCACCGGGGGGAGCCUCUCAGACCCGCGGGCGGCCGACACCACUCUGGAACGCUACUUCGAGUCGCUCUUCCUCGGCGGCGAGGCCAAGGCCAACGCCCGCUGGUGCCUCUACGGGCUGGCCUGGCAGCAGGGCUGGGCAACCAAGGGUGACGCCUUCCCUAAGGCCAAGCAGGCCCUCAAAGGCUGGGACCGUCUCGAGCCACCUGGAAGCCGCGAGCCCGCGGUCUGGGAGGCAGUGCUGGCCGUCGCGGACGAUCUCAUCGGGCGCGACUUCCAGUCCACGCUCGCAGGAGCGCUGCUGCCCGUGGCCUUCGACGGCUACUUGCGGCCGUCCGAGGCGCUGGACUUGCGCGGCGCCGAUGUCUUGCGCCCGCCACGCUCUGGACCCCAGAGGCUGUGGGCGGUGACAGUAGCCCCAGCGACACAGCCAAUCCCCUCGAAGACUAACACGUUCGAUGACACGGUCUUCUUGGGCAGUGCCACCAAGGGCCAGGGCUUCGUAGGCAGCAUUCUUGAUAUCUUGCUGGCACGUGCGGGCCCAGGGCCGCUCUUUGCAGGCUUGACGCUCGCGCAGCUGGAGGCUGCCGUCAGCGCCGCCUGCCGUCGCCUGCAGCUGCCUGUGACGUUUACACCGCACUGCCUUCGUCAUGGCGGCGCCAGCCGAGACGCACUAGAGAAGUUUGAG